AAGAGGGAGGGUCAGACCGGCUCGGGCUGGGGUCGCGCGGUUUCCGCGGCGGGGAAACGGCGGCGGCGGCGGCCGGAACGAGCGAUGCAGAAAUACGAGAAGCUGGAGAAGAUCGGAGAGGGCACCUACGGGACCGUUUUCAAGGCCAAGAACCGAGAGACCCACGAAAUCGUGGCGCUAAAGAGGGUGCGACUGGACGACGACGACGAGGGUGUCCCCAGUUCUGCCCUGCGGGAGAUCUGCCUUCUCAAGGAACUCAAACACAAGAACAUAGUUCGGCUGCAUGACGUCCUUCACAGUGACAAGAAGCUCACGCUGGUCUUCGAGUUCUGCGACCAGGACCUGAAGAAGUAUUUUGACAGCUGCAAUGGUGAUCUGGACCCUGAAAUUGUGAAGUCCUUUAUGUACCAGCUGCUGAAGGGCCUGGGUUUCUGCCACAGCCGGAACGUCCUGCACCGAGACCUGAAGCCCCAGAACCUGCUGAUCAACAGAAACGGGGAGCUGAAGCUGGCAGACUUUGGGCUGGCGCGGGCCUUUGGCAUCCCGGUGCGCUGCUAUUCAGCUGAGGUGGUGACCCUCUGGUAUCGGCCCCCAGAUGUCCUCUUUGGGGCCAAACUCUACUCCACCUCCAUCGACAUGUGGUCCGCUGGCUGCAUUUUCGCAGAGCUGGCAAAUGCAGGGCGGCCCCUAUUUCCGGGCAAUGAUGUGGAUGACCAAUUGAAGCGGAUCUUCCGGCUGCUGGGGACCCCAACAGAGGAGCAGUGGCCAGGCAUGACCAAACUCCCCGAUUACAAGCCCUACCCCAUGUACCCUGCCACAACUUCGCUGGUCAACGUGGUACCAAAGCUGAACGCAACAGGCCGAGACCUGCUGCAGAACCUGCUGAAAUGCAACCCAAUGCACCGGAUCUCUGCCGAAGACGCCCUUCAGCACCCCUACUUCACAGACUUCUGCCCUCCCUGAUGGUCCACAUGUUGCGGCUGAGGAGGGGCUGGGGGCCAUGCCCCUCCUCCCCUCCCUCCUCCCCAACCCCUUUCAGAGCCG